AUGAAAUUAGAGUGUAAAAUUAAAAUUCAAGAUCGACAAAGAACAAAUGGAUCAUCAACAUUGAAAGCGGCAAAAGGUGUUAUUGGUCUUGCAAAAUCAAAUACUGAUCAAUGGGUUCUUAUUGUUCGACUUUUCAAAGAGACAAGCACGACACAAUAUAAGCUUCGUGAAAAUAUUCAAGCCCUAUUACAUAAAUGUAUCAAUAAUGGUAUGGCAACAAUUCAAAUCAAAGUACCUCCCCAUGAUAUACAAUUAUCAGAAGCUAAUGUUGAAUCACUUAAAACUUUAUUAUCAAGUGUUCGUCUAGCUUCAACUGGUAAUGAUCUUCCAUCUACAAUAAAAUCUACAUCUGUAAAUGCUGUUCAAAAACUUCAACGGCCAACACUUCAAUUGAUAAUUAAACAAGCAAUUGAGUAUCCAACUUUAAAAGGUUUUCCAUCAACAUUAGAAAAACUUAUAGUUAAUAAUGCUCAACUUCGUACACCUGUUGAUCGUCGAAUAUUUAUCCUGAAAAAUUUACAUACACUUGAUCUAUCAGAUAAUAAUAUUCAUGAAUUACCAUCAAAUCUUGAAAUGAAUCAUUUACAUACAUUAAUUAUGCGUUCAAAUCAAUUAAAAUCUUUUCCACCAAAAAAUUUUCAAAGUCCUGUACUUAAAUAUCUUGAUUUAAGUCAAAAUCAAAUAGAAAUAAUUGAUCAAGCAUUAUUAAAAAUUUCGAUACUUGACCGUUUAAAUUUAAUGUCAAAUAAAAUUAAAAUUAUUCCAAGAAAUAUCUUACGUUUAUUAGGACAAUUACAAGUAUUUAAUAUUGCAUCAAAUCAAAUUCGAGCUAUUCCAAAUGGUUUAGCUUGUGGUGGAGCACAUUUACAUACAUUUUAUUAUUCUGAAAAUCCAUUAAUAACAAGUAAAUGUAUAACAUGUCAACGUUUUAAUUUCACACUUGUUGAAUUAGCUCUUCGAGCAGUUAUUAAAUAUCGAAUUCCUUAUGAUUUUAAUAUAAUUCCUCGAACUUUAUGCUUAUUAUUAGCUGAUUAUGAAACAUGUGCACAUUGUGCUUUACCAUGUUUAACUAAUUUUGGCGAGAUUAUUGUGCCAAGACAAUUAUCAGCAAAUGGAAUUACAGUUCAUGUUACAGCAGCUAAUCAAUCAUUUUCUGUACCAGUACAAGAACGAUAUUGUUCGAUAAAAUGUUUUAAUUAUGGACUUAAACGUGCUGGAAUGACUCAAAUGGCAGUUUAG